AGUGUUGUCCAUAACCAAUUUUCUGCAGGAGAAGAACAAGACUGGGAGACCAAACACUCACUGAUACCUUCCCCAAUUUCUAAACUCAGAAACCCUAAUCAUCUAAUUUCACACUUUUAGUUCUCCAUCUCCGAAUUAUCAUCGACAAUGGCUUCCGAUUCAAGUUCCGCAUCAUCAUCAUCCGACGAAGACGAGGAAUCUGCCGGCCAAAAACCUAACGUUGACGUUAACAUCAAUUCGAUAGAUAACUCCCUAGACGCCAUCGAGAAUCAGUUGUCAUCGAUCGCAUUGAACACUCCAAUUGACGAACGAACUUUACCAUCUACUGAUUAUCAUCAAGAACCGGUCUCGGAGAUUGAUGAUGGAUCGUCGAGGGAAAGUGCAAGCGAGAUGCGGAGAAACUCGAUUGGUGAGAGUAGUUCAUCAAGGGGAUCGGGGUUGUGGAGGAACAAUUUGGGAGUGGAGGUUGAGGUGGAACCGGAAGCGGAUGGGGAAUUGUCAAGCCCUAGUAGCAGUGGGUACGCCGGUGAGAGAGGUAGUAGCAGUAGUCCCACUAGUGCUUGUGGAACUGAUGUAAUACGGGAACUUCGAGACAACGGUUCUUCCAUCGGUGAUGAUGGAGCGGUGCCCUUGGAUCCUUCUCAAACACAAUGGAUUCGUGGUAAACAGCAUGCUGAUGAGGAUGAUGGUUCUAUCUCAUGGAGGAAAAGGAAGAAACAUUUCUUUGUUUUGAGUCAUUCCGGAAAACCAAUAUAUUCAAGAUAUGGAGAUGAGCACAAACUAGCAGGAUUUUCAGCAACUUUGCAAGCCAUCAUUUCCUUUGUGGAAAAUGGGGGAGACCGUGUUAAAUUGGUCAGAGCAGGAAAACACCAGGUGGUUUUUCUUGUGAAAGGACCAAUUUAUUUAGUUUGCAUAAGUUGUACAGAAGAGCCUUAUGAGUCACUAAGAGGACAACUUGAACUUCUUUAUGGUCAGAUGAUACUUAUUCUCACAAGAUCUAUCGAUAAAUGUUUUGAAAAAAACUCUAAAUUCGACAUGACUCCUCUGCUUGGAGGGACAGACGCCGUCUUUUCUUCUCUCAUCCACUCUUUCAGCUGGAACCCUGCAACUUUUCUUCAUGCAUACACUUGUCUUCCACUUGCUUACACCACAAGGCAAACUGCUUGUGCCAUUUUGCAAGAUGUUGCUGAUACAGGUGUCCUUUUUGCAAUAUUGAUGUGUAAAAACAAGGUUAUCAGUUUGGUAGGCUUGCAGAAAGCAUCACUUCAUCCUGAUGACAUGUUGCUUCUUUCCAACUUUGUCAUGUCUUCAGAAUCCUUUAGGACAUCUGAAUCUUUUUCACCAAUAUGUCUGCCAAGAUACAACUCCAUGGCAUUUUUAUAUGCUUAUGUACAUUAUCUUGAUGUUGAUACGUACUUAACGUUGCUGACUACAAGUUCACAAGCGUUUUUCCAUCUUAAAGAAUGCAGGAUACAAAUUGAAGCUGUUCUUGCAAAAUCAAAUGUUUUGAAUGAAGUUGAAAGAUCAUUAUCAGAAGGUGGCAUGCGAAUUGAGGAUUUACCUGUUGACCCGUCUGCUAAUUCUGGAUCUUUAUUUCAUUUGACUCAUCGCAAAACACCAACCAAUGGAACAGUGACAGGUGUCGGUGGUCCAGCUGGACUUUGGCAUUUUAUUUACCGGAGUAUCUAUCUGGAUCAAUACGUGUCUUCUGAGUUUGCUUCUCCAAUCAGUCAUCCACAUCAGCAAAAAAGGUUGUAUAGGGCAUACCAGAGACUUUAUGCUUCGAUGCAUGAUAAAGGAGUGGGCCCACAUAAAACUCAAUUCAGAAGAGAUGAAAAUUAUGUUUUAUUGUGUUGGGUUACACAGGAUUUUGAGCUUUAUGCAGCUUUUGAUCCACUUGCAGACAAGGGUGUGGCAAUAAGAAUAUGCAACAGGGUGUGUCAGUGGGUGAAAGAUGUGGAAAAUGAAAUAUUUUUGUUGGGAGCAACCCCUUUUUCAUGUUUGCUAGAGGUGGUGGUGACGAAUCAGAUCUUAAAACCAAGCCGAGGAACAAUCCCAUCUUCGGGAGGCUGUCAAACUCUGGCAGAUUGCCAUGACCACCACUGCCUUUACCACCAGACUUCUCUUCCUCCAUCGGCAGCUCAAUGGUUACAGAAAAAAAAACAGAGGUUGGCGUCGUGGUUUUUUUUAUAG